UCCUAUAUAAAAAAUUAAAAACCCAGAAAUGGUUCCCGGCAGCGAGAGAGCAAGCGCUCCUCUGAAGACCUGAGGCUUGCUGUAGCCUGUACCACCGAAACAGGGAUUGGAUAAUUCUUCAAUUUUACGUUCGAUUCUUUCAAUCUAUCUGUUCCCUUUAACGCCUUCUCUUUGUCUUUUAUUUUUUUUUCCUUUUUCUCUUCUCUUUAUUUUGUUUGUUGCAGGUUGAACUAAAGCCAAUGGCUGCCGGUAAUUCCUCCUCCAGAAGAAAAUCUUCGUCAUCUCACAAGAAGAAGCACGUUAAGCCUUCCUCCGAGGUCCGAAAGAGGAGUAGGAGUAGAAAGAGAGAUAAGGCUAAGAAGCUUCGUCGUCGUGAUGUUUCGCUUUCUUCGUCGGAUGACGAUUCAAGGAGCGAGGAUUUCCUGUCUGUUUAUUCAUCUGAUUCGGAAGAUGAUUAUAGAGGCAGGAGGGCUCGCUCUCGCACUCGAAGAGAUGCGAAAGGGACAAGAAAGAGGGCCCGACGAAGCUCGUCAAGCCCUGAAGAUGUCAGGGAAUCACCCCAUCGGAGGAAGAGAAAAGGGUCGAUGCGAAAUGGUAGAUCUGAGGCAAAGAAGAAAACCUACCAAAGGAAACGUGUGAAUGCACGCUCAAGGAGAGGUGCGAGUGUUAGUUCUAUGAGUAGUGACUCGUUGAGUUGUUCAACCUGUCGGGGUGGAAGUAGUGGCAGUUGGGAGAGCGAAUGUGAUAGGCCAAGAGGCAGGUCUGAAGGAAGAGAGAAGGAUAAGAGAAAUUCGAGGAGGAGUGAUGGAAGAAGCAAAAGCGGAUAUAGGUCCAGGAGUCGUUCUUCAUGCAGUGGUUGCAGCAAUCAAUGUAGUUAUGAAGAUGACAGAUGGAUGGGUGAGAAUUCUUCUAGGCGUCUUAAAUCUGUUCUUAAUGUUACAACACAAUCAAAGGAAAUGGAGGAAAAAGAGAGGAAUUGGGAUGAGAAUAGGGUGGAGAUUAUUCAGGCUUAUGAUGACUGCCCUUCUUCCAGAAGCAAUGACAGUUGUGAUGGGGGCAGAAAGAAGGAGUCAGCUUACCACCCACAUAUUGUGCCUGAGAAGAAGAGGCGGAUAGAUGAUGCAAACAGGGAAGACACUUAUAUUUCCAAAAUUAGGAAUACUGAAACUGGAGGGAGUAGUAAAGAGGAUAGCAGGGCUCAAAAUGAUAUUAGAGGUCCUACCUUACCCAUGGUUGGGUCAACCAAGGAUUUGACAGUGAAUAAGAAUGAGUUUUCUGCUGGCACUGAUAUCACCAAGGGUGAUGAUUUGGAGUCACUUUUAAGACUAAAGGCAUUGGAAAAUCUAAGAAAAUUUCGUAGGGUGUUACACAAUAACAAAAAAGCACCUCAGAAAGAUGAAAUUGCUAUUGAAGGCAAACAGUCACCAAUUACAAAGGCUGAUUCCACCCAAAAUGAGUCCCACAAGGCUGAUUGUGGUAGACUACUAGGUGCAGGUAAAGUGGUAGCUAGCGUUAGCAUACCACCAGUAGAUAGAAAAUCCAUUAGUCCACAAAAUGAUGGACAAGUUUCUGAUGACAGCUUCAAAGGACAUAAAUCCAACGCUAAACUGGAUCCUGUUUGUCCAGCACCAAACAAUUGUUCACCAGGUCAGACAGUUUUUGGUGGUAAAGUCACACAAAUGAACAAUAUGAUUGUCGGUGCCAUUAAUAACAAAUCAGCUGCACCAGGUAAUAUAACAUUUAGACAGGGAACUUCUGGUGGCAAAUCCAUCUUAAAGCCCACAUCCACAUCAGAGGAAUCUCCCAGGGGGAAGUUGCCAGAGAUAAAAGACAGUGCAGAUAAAAGUGCUGCUGAGACCUCUAAAACUGUGCCUGAGAGUGGUAAUAUCCUUAAAGAUGUUAACAAAGACUCUGCAUUGUCUGCUCCUGGUACUUGCCUCAGUUCUACAACCGAAGAGCAUGGCUUAAAUGAAGCUCGGGAUGAAGUUAAGGAGGGCUCCCAGUUUGAGAAAAAGACAAUGUCCGUGAUGCGUGGUGGUGAAAUGGUGCAGGUGAGCUACAAGGUUUACAUUCCUAAGAAAAUCCCAGCUUUGGCAAGGAGACAGCUUCAGCGAUGAAGUUUGUGUAAUAUGUGUCCUUGAGAACAUGUAGGAUUUUGUAUUUUCAGAAUUCUACAGUCAAGGGUCAUGACUCACCUUUUGCGGUUUUAUUGUAUUUGAAAGCACGUGCAGGAUUGAUUUGAAAUGCAUGGCAUGUUAAUCAGUGGAAAAGGAAGCUCAGUGAUAAGGCAUUUCUUUGGCCUUCUUUACAGGUCUGUUGUUUUUUGGUAAAAGGCCUUCUUUACAUGCCUCGAAAGGUUAAAAGGUAUGGUAAACCAUAAAAACCAGUAGUAUUUACCACUUGGGAAUUUAUUAGAGCGGUCUUUUCCAUGGUUUUUUACUAUAAUGGAAUAGAUGUAAAAGAUCAUAGAUUGUUGGACCCCAUAUUUCGUUUUUCUCUAUUAAGUUGAGAGUUACAAUUUGACGAGAGCUCUUGUUCAAAAACCCUGUACAACUUUGUAGAACUUUAUUCGAUUAAUGAAAUCAUGUAUGUUGGUUCAUUUUUGGUGGUGAA